AUGAUCAAACAGCCGUUCUUAUCCCACGAAACGAGAUCAUUUUUCAAGCCAAGAACAAGCCUCCCCGUUGAGCCAAGUGUCGUGCAGGUGCGAGUCCACAUGCCGAGGACCCCCGAGCUCUUCGGAUAUCAAGCGCAAUCUGGUUCGACCUCCUUCGGCCACUUCGACUCGCGCGGCCGCUUCCAGGACGACUGCCUCGCUUCCCAGCACAAGCGUAUCGUGUGUCAGGGAACAGGUGUCCUCACUAUCAUGGUCGCGCCCGAAUCUUGUGGUCGGAGCGUCGUGGUGCCUUCUAAGGUGAAGGAGAUGAUAGAUGGAGGGGAGACUCUGCACGAGGGAUUUUCGUGGGAAGAAGGAUGCUGGAACCCAAGAAGGACACGGAGAUGUGGGAGUCGUCCGUCCCCCACACGCUCAUAUUCCUCCCCCACACUCCCACACUCCACCCCCUACACUCCCACACUCGUCCCCACAUUCCAACACAGCCCCCCACAUUCCUACACUCUAUCCCCCAUACUCAAACACUCCACCCCCUACACUCCCACACUUCGUCCUCACAUUCCAAUACCGUCCCCCCGCAUUUUCAUCCCCCACAUUCCUACACUCUAUCCCCCACACUCCGUCCCCUCACAUUCCCAUACUCUAUCCCCCCACACUCCGUCCCCACAUUCCAAUACCGUCCCCCCGCAUUUCAUUCCCCACAUUCCUACACUCUAUCCCCCACACUCCGUCCCCUCACAUUCCCAUACUCUAUCCCCCACACUCCGCCCCCCACAUUCCAAUACCGUCCCCCACAUUCCUACACUCUAUCCCCCACACUCCGUCCCCUCACAUUCCCAUACUCUAUCCCCCCACACUCCGUCCCCACAUUCCAAUACCGUCCCCCACAUUCCUACACUCUAUCCCCCACACUCCGUCCCCUCACAUUCCCAUACUCUAUCCCCCCACACUCCGUCCCCCACACUCCCAGCCUCAUCCAACCAUUACCCACAACCUCCGCAACCCAACUCCGCGAUUCCUGACAUCCACGCUCCAAAAGUCCCAUUAUAA